GGUUGUUUUAUCCGCCCCCCUCCACCUUUUUUUUUUCCCCCCUCCCGGAGUCUUAUUAAUUUCUCUGUGGGGCUGCAGCUGGAGACCGCGGAGCGUUGGAAAUGACGCUCGGAGCUUUAAUUACCGCAGCCGCCGGACAAGUGUGAGGGAAGCUGACAGGAAAAAGGACAGGAUCGGGGGAGAAGCGAGAAGCUUCCCCCCACUCCCCCCGUCCUCCUAUUCCCUCCCAAUUUGGACUGGAGGCGCAAGGAAACUGAAAAGGGAGCCGAACAUAGCCCGGCUAGGGGGAGAGGCCGGAAACCUACCGCCUCUUUGCAAUCAACUUUUUUUGGAAACCUUUUUCCCCCUUCCUUUUUGUUGUUGACCAACCAGUGAGAGAAAGUGAGGAGGGAGCGAGAAAGCAAAGGCUCACACAGGGAAAUAGCUGCGGAGUCCGGCCCGGAGAACCGGGCGCACACACUCGAGCACACUCCCACACGCGCACACACGCGCGCACACUCACCCCCUCCGCCGGUCCCCGGCCCUGGACCCGCGGGCGCUGACUCGGUCGCCGGUGCCUGGAGCGGGUGCGCCGCGCACGUCGCGCGCCAGUUCCCCUCGCGCCCCCCAGCGCGCCUGGCUGAGGAAUCUCCUCCGCGUGCCCGAAAGGGGAUAUGCCAUUUGGACAUGUAAUUGUCAGCACGGGAUCUGAGACUUUCAAAAAAUGAAGCUGGCGACAGGACUGUGGGUCUGGGUGAGCCUUCUCCUGGCAGCGGGGACCGUCCAGCCCAACGCUUCUCAGUCAGUGUGUGCAGGAACAGAGAACAAGCUGAGCUCUCUCUCUGACCUGGAGCAACAGUAUCGAGCCUUGCGCAAAUACUAUGAGAACUGUGAGGUAGUCAUGGGCAACCUGGAGAUAACCAGCAUCGAGCACAACCGGGACCUCUCCUUUCUGCGGUCUGUUCGAGAAGUCACAGGUUACGUGUUAGUAGCUCUUAAUCAGUUUCGCUACCUGCCUCUGGAGAAUUUACGCAUUAUCCGUGGGACAAAACUUUAUGAGGAUCGAUAUGCCUUGGCAGUAUUUUUAAACUACAGAAAAGAUGGGAACUUCGGACUUCAGGAACUUGGACUGAAGAACUUGACAGAAAUCCUUAAUGGUGGAGUGUAUGUAGACCAGAACAAAUUUCUUUGUUACACAGACACAAUUCACUGGCAAGAUAUUGUUCGGAAUCCAUGGCCUUCCAACUUGACUCUGGUAUCAACAAAUGGUAGCUCAGGAUGUGGACGUUGUCAUAAGUCCUGUACUGGCCGAUGCUGGGGACCCACAGAAAAUCAUUGCCAGACCUUGACAAGGACGGUGUGUGCAGAACAGUGUGAUGGCAGGUGCUAUGGGCCCUAUGUCAGUGACUGUUGUCAUAGAGAAUGUGCUGGGGGCUGCUCAGGACCGAAGGACACAGACUGCUUUGCCUGCAUGAAUUUCAAUGACAGCGGAGCAUGUGUUACUCAGUGUCCCCAGACUUUUGUCUACAAUCCGACCACCUUUCAACUGGAGCAUAACUUCAAUGCAAAGUAUACAUAUGGAGCAUUUUGUGUCAAGAAAUGCCCACAUAACUUUGUGGUGGAUUCCAGUUCUUGUGUGCGUGCCUGCCCUAGUUCCAAGAUGGAAGUAGAAGAAAAUGGGAUUAAAAUGUGUAAACCUUGCACGGAUAUUUGCCCAAAAGCUUGUGACGGUAUUGGCACAGGAUCACUGAUGUCAGCUCAGACUGUGGAUUCCAGUAACAUUGACAAAUUCAUAAACUGCACCAAAAUCAAUGGGAAUUUGAUCUUCCUUGUCACCGGUAUUCAUGGGGACCCUUACAAUGCAAUUGAAGCCAUAGACCCAGAGAAACUGAAUGUCUUCCGGACAGUUCGAGAGAUAACAGGUUUCUUGAACAUACAGUCAUGGCCCCCCAACAUGACCGACUUCAGUGUUUUUUCUAACCUGGUGACCAUCGGUGGAAGAGUACUCUAUAGUGGCCUCUCCUUGCUUAUCCUUAAGCAACAGGGCAUCACUUCUCUACAAUUCCAAUCUCUGAAGGAAAUCAGUGCAGGAAACAUCUAUAUUACUGACAACAGCAACCUCUGUUAUUAUCAUACCAUUAAUUGGACAACACUCUUCAGCACUAUCAACCAAAGAAUAGUGAUCCGGGACAAUAGGAAAGCUGAAAACUGUACUGCUGAAGGAAUGGUGUGCAACCACCUGUGUUCAAGCAAUGGCUGUUGGGGACCGGGCCCCGAACAGUGCUUGUCCUGCCGUCGCUUCAGCAGAGGAAGGAGCUGCAUCGAGUCGUGCAACCUCUAUGAUGGUGAAUUUCGAGAGUUUGAGAAUGGCUCCAUCUGUGUGGAGUGUGACCCCCAGUGUGAGAAGAUGGAAGACGGCAUCCUCACCUGCCAUGGACCGGGACCUGACAACUGCACAAAGUGCUCCCAUUUUAAGGAUGGCCCGAACUGUGUGGAAAAAUGUCCAGACGGCUUACAGGGGGCAAACAGUUUCAUUUUCAAGUAUGCUGAUCAGGAUCGGGAGUGCCACCCAUGCCAUCCAAACUGCACCCAAGGAACUCCCCUAAUUGCAGCGGGAGUCAUCGGCGGGCUCUUCAUCCUGGUCAUCAUGGGUCUAACAUUUGCAGUUUAUGUUAGAAGAAAGAGCAUCAAAAAGAAAAGAGCCUUAAGAAGAUUUCUGGAAACAGAGUUGGUAGAACCCUUAACUCCCAGUGGUACGGCACCCAAUCAAGCUCAACUUCGUAUUUUGAAAGAAACUGAGCUCAAAAGAGUGAAAGUACUUGGCUCGGGUGCUUUUGGAACAGUUUAUAAGGGUAUUUGGGUACCUGAAGGAGAAACAGUAAAGAUUCCUGUGGCUAUUAAGAUUCUUAAUGAAACAACUGGUCCCAAAGCCAAUGUGGAGUUCAUGGAUGAAGCUUUGAUCAUGGCAAGUAUGGACCAUCCACACUUAGUCCGGUUAUUGGGUGUGUGUCUGAGCCCAACCAUUCAGCUGGUUACACAGCUUAUGCCCCAUGGCUGCCUGUUGGAUUAUGUCCAUGAACACAAGGAUAACAUUGGAUCCCAGCUUCUGCUUAACUGGUGUGUCCAGAUAGCUAAGGAGGACGAUAUAAAAGGGGUAGUAAGGGAUAAGAGAGACUCUCGAAUGUACCAGAUGAAAAUGAAGUUUAUUGAUGCAGUUUCUAAAGCACAGGUCCCAGAAUUGCAAUGA